UUUCAUGUUAUCACAUGUUGCUUUACAUGUUGUCACAUUAACUUCCCAUAAGAUUACGUGAUCACAUGAAAACGUGUUUUCGGAACAUUUCACGUGAAAUUAAUGUGGUUUUGCCGUAAGGGAAAUGUCAGAGCAUAGGUUGAACCAAGCGGGAAGCAAGGAUAUACGAUCUAUUAAGGCCAAGAUGGGAGUCCACAAUGUGCAGCAGGAGCAAGGAGAUUGCAGUUUUCACCGACCAUGUGAGACCCAUUGGCCUCCCGCUGACAAAAGAUGAGGAGGUGCCCAAGGACUGUCUGGUGUCAGGCUGGGGACACACUAUCAGGAAUGUAAAGCAAGGCUCCCCUGUGCUUCAGGACCUCAAUGUGGCACUGCAUGAGAAUCAACUUUGCUCUGACAACCAUCAGGUUUGCUCAUCAGGACUAAAUGAACCUGCUCAGGGAGACUCUGGUGGUCCAUUAGUCUGUAAUGGUGUGGCCUAUGGGGUGGUGUCUACCAAGACUAGAAACAACAUCUACAUGCGCAUCCCUGACUUCCUGGACUAGAUCAAUGACACCAUGAAGAAUUGAUAUGUCACUGACCAGAAACAUUUAGUUAAUUUGGUCAACCAGGUGCCUAGAACAUGACUAUGAUACUGUGAAGAAUCCUAAUGUGCUUAUCAUGCUUUCUGAUUGAUUUACCAGUGCUGGUUAAUGUCGUUGCCCGGAGCUGGCUCUUCCUAAUAUUUUUUUCUUCUUCUUCCCAGUGGAGUUCUCAACUUACUGAUGAGAAUUUGAAAAGUAGAAUACACAAGGUGCCAGUUCGAAAUUUGGUUGUGCAUCAGCAAUUUUUAAAAAUCUCAGUCACUGACAGUCAACAAUUUGUAUUGCUUGGUAAGGUAGUCUAGCCAGCUAUCUAAACCUUGUAGAUGGCCUAAUCAUCACCAAACUACCGACCGGGCAUGUAGGGCAUGUACCCAGGGGCCCUGACCUCUAGAGGCCCCCAUUGAUUUGUUAGUCACUCUCACACAUAUAUCACAUUUUUGAAUUUGUAUUUAUUAGGG